GUUUAAAUAAAUUGGCCCCCAGGCUUUGGCUGCCCACCCCUCACCCGUGCCGAGGAGCCCGUGUACAGCAAGUGCCUGCGUGUGAGCUCAGAGCGCAGGCAGCCUGCGAGGAGCCGGAAAUAUGUUACAUUGAUGUUUGGCAUAGCUGCCGUCAAGUUACAGAGAGAGCUUGAUGCCACAGCAACAAUAUUGGCUAACCGACAAGAUGAAAGUGAACAGUCUAGAAAAAAGCUUAUUGAGCAAAGUCGUGAGUUCAAGAAAAACACUCCAGAGGACCUGCGCAAACAGGUAGCUCCAUUAUUGAAGAGUUUCCAGGGGGAGAUUGAUGCAUUGGGAAAAAGAAGUAAAGAAGCAGAGGCAGCCUUCUUGAAUGUCUAUAAGAGAUUAAUUGAUGUUCCAGAUCCAGUUCCAGCUCUGGAUUUAGGACAGCAGCUUCAGCUGAAAGUCCAACGCAUGCAUGAUAUUGAAACAGAAAACCAGAAACUUAGGGAAACGCUAGAAGAAUACAACAAGGAAUUUGCUGAAGUGAAAAAUCAAGAGGUUACAAUAAAAGCACUUAAAGAGAAAAUCCGAGAAUAUGAACAGACUCUGAAGAACCAAGCAGAGAAUAUAGCUCUUGAAAAAGAACAAAAGUUACAAAAUGACUUUGCAGAGAAGGAGAGAAAGUUGCAAGAGACACAGAUGUCGACAGCCUCAAAGCUGGAGGAGGCUGAACAGAAAGUUCAAUCUUUGCAGACAGCUUUGGAAAAAUCCCAGGCAGACCUUUUUGACCUGAAAACAAAAUACGAUGAAGAAACUACUGCAAAGGCUGAUGAAAUUGAGAUGAUCAUGACAGACCUUGAAAGAGCAAAUCAGAGGGCAGAGGUGGCUCAGAGAGAGGCAGAGACCUUAAGGGAGCAGCUCUCAUCAGCUAACAAAUCUCUCCAACUUGCUACACAGAUCCAGAAGGCACCUGAUGUGGAGCAGGCCAUAGAGGUGCUGACACGAUCCAGCUUGGAGGUGGAACUGGCUGCUAAAGAACGGGAAAUUGCCCAGCUUGUAGAAGAUGUUCAAAGACUCCAGGGCAGCCUCACCAAACUUCGUGAGAACUCCAGGAGUCAGAUCUCACAGCUGGAGCAGCAGCUGACUGCCAAGAACAGCACACUUAAACAACUGGAAGAAAAACUGAAAGGACAGGCUGAUUAUGAAGAAGUUAAGAAAGAAUUAAAUAUUUUGAAGUCCAUGGAGUUUGCACCAACUGAGGGCUCUGGUGCACAGGAUGCAUCAAAACCACUGGAGGUGUUGCUGCUGGAGAAGAACCGCUCAUUGCAGUCUGAGAAUGCCACGCUGCGUAUCACUAAUAGUGACCUGAGUGGGUCAGCCAGGAGAAAAGGGAAAGACCAGCCUGAGAGUCAGCGUCCUGCAACCUUGCCGGCCUCCCCUCCUUCUCAGUUGCUCCGCAACACGGGGGAGCAGGCUUCCAAUACUAAUGGUACACACCAGUUCUCACCAACGGGUUUAAGUCAAGACUUUUUCAGCUCAACCUUGGCAAGCCCCAGCUUACCCCUGGCCUCCACGGGAAAAUUUGCACUAAAUUCUCUCCUCCAACGACAGCUAAUGCAGUCCUUCUACUCCAAGGCAAUGCAGGAAGCAGGAAGCACAAGCAUGAUUUUUUCAACAGGUCCUUACAGCACAAACUCCAUAUCUUCCCAAAGUCCAUUACAACAGACUCCAGAUGUAAAUGGUAUGGCUCCAUCUCCCAGCCAGUCAGAAAGUGCUGGGAGCAUCUCUGAAGGCGAGGAGAUAGACACAGCUGAAAUUGCACGUCAGGUGAAAGAGCAAUUGAUCAAGCACAAUAUUGGACAGCGAAUAUUUGGACAUUAUGUCUUGGGACUGUCACAAGGGUCUGUGAGCGAGAUACUAGCCAGGCCAAAGCCAUGGAAUAAACUGACUGUGAGAGGCAAGGAGCCGUUUCACAAGAUGAAGCAAUUCCUCUCCGAUGAGCAGAACAUCCUGGCACUACGCAGCAUCCAGGGUAGACAGAGAGAGAAUCCAGGCCAGAACCUGAACAGACUAUUUCAGGAAGUACCGAAACGAAGAAAUGGGUCUGAAGGUAACAUCACAACAAGAAUUCGAACAACAGAGAGUGGCUCUGACGAAGCCAUCAAAUCCAUUCUAGAACAAGCCAAAAGGGAGCUGCAAGUACAGAAAACAGCUGAGCCGGCUCAGCCACCUUCUGCAACUAGCAGUGGGAAUUCUGAUGAUGCCAUUCGGUCCAUUCUGCAGCAAGCCCGACGUGAAAUGGAGGCACAGCAGGCUGCCCUCGAACCUGCCUUAAAAACACCGCCUUUGUCUCAAGCUGACAUUUCCAUUUUGUCCCCUAAACUGGUAUCUACACCUGCAAUGUCUUCAGUUUCCAGUUACCCUUCACUGGCCAUGUCUCUGAAGAAACAUUCAUCUGUUACGGAUUCUAGUAUCUCUGCAUUGCAGAACCUCUCUGGGCUAAAAAAGGAGCCCCCAGAGACACCAGUUUUAGAGCUUCAUGGAGUAACUGAUCCUGCACAAGGUAUGCUGAGGCACGUUAAAAAUGAAUUGGGACGCGGUGGUGUUUGGAAGGACCAUUGGUGGAAUACUGUUCAGCAUGACAGAAGAAAUGCAGCUCUUCCUGAAGAUACAAAAGCUGAGGAAGUCAGCAGUGGAAAAGAAAAGGUCAGCAACCAGGCUAGGCCAGACCGUAGUCAGCUCCAAGGACCAUCCUCUUCAGAAUACUGGAAAGAGUGGCCAAACGCUGAAUCUCCAUACUCUCAGAGCUCUGAAUUGAGCAUGACUGGAGUAAGUCGCAGCGAGACACCACAAAACAGCCCCCUCCCUUCUUCACCUAUUGUACCUUUGUCAAAGCCAUCCAAACCCUCAGUUCCUCCACUGACGCCCGAGCAGUAUGAGAUUUACAUGUACCAGGAAGUGGAUACAAUAGAGCUAACUCGUCAGGUCAAAGAAAAGCUAGCAAAGAAUGGCAUCUGCCAAAGGAUCUUUGGGGAAAAGGUAUUAGGCUUAUCUCAAGGGAGUGUCAGCGACAUGCUAUCUAGGCCAAAGCCAUGGAGUAAAUUGACGCAAAAAGGCCGAGAACCAUUUAUUCGCAUGCAGCUCUGGCUGAAUGGUGAGCUGGGACAGUGCGUCCUCCCUGCACAAGGGCAACAACAAGGACAAGUCCUCCACUCCGUAACAUCGUUGCAGGAUUCCCUACAGCAGGGAUGUGCAAGCUCAGAAAGCACUCCAAAGACCUCUGCCAGUUGCAGUCCUGCUCCUGAAUCUCCUAUGAGUUCCAGUGAAUCAGUGAAGAGCCUGACUGAAUUGGUACAACAACCCUGUCCUGCUAUAGAGACAAGUAAGGAUAGCAAACCACAAGAAUCAAGUGAGCCACCUGCUUCUGAAUCCCAGUCUACAACACCUUUGCCUCUGUCUGGCCAUUCGGCACUCAGCAUUCAAGAAUUGGUUGCUAUGUCACCUGAAUUGGACACAUAUGGCAUUACGAAGAGGGUCAAAGAAGUGUUAACAGAUAACAACCUUGCGUGGCUGACAAGCCUAAAAAGCAGCAGAAGAGCCAGGAAAUGUGCCCCAAACUCUGCAUUAGGUCAGCGUUUGUUUGGGGAGACAAUCCUAGGGCUAACACAAGGCUCAGUCUCAGACCUUCUGGCUCGCCCUAAGCCCUGGCACAAACUGAGUUUGAAGGGACGGGAGCCCUUUGUCCGCAUGCAGCUAUGGUUAAAUGAUCCCAACAACGUGGAGAAGUUGAUGGAUAUGAAAAGAAUGGAGAAAAAAGCCUACAUGAAACGACGGCACAGCUCAGUUAGUGACAGUCAAUCAUGUGAAUCCUCAUCGGUUGGAAUAGACUACAGUCAGGGAGCCAGCCCACAGCCACAGCAUCAGCUAAAGAAACCACGAGUAGUAUUGGCACCAGAAGAGAAAGAAGCUCUAAAGCGAGCCUAUCAGCAAAAGCCAUACCCAUCACCAAAAACCAUUGAGGAACUUGCUACACAGCUCAACUUGAAAACGAGCACAGUGAUCAACUGGUUCCAUAAUUACAGAUCUCGCAUCCGUCGAGAACUGUUCAUUGAAGAAAUCCAAGCAGGUAGCCAGGGCCAGGCUGGAUCAAGUGACUCUCCUUCAGCCAGGAGCAACAGAGCGGUUCAUAGCUCUGAAGGAGACAGCUGUGAUGGUGUGGACACAGAAGGCCCACCUGAAGGAAAACAAAGUGGUCUGGAGGCUGAUGAGUACAACAAUGCAACCACAAAGUCUCAGGGAGGGCAAGCAGAGUCAACUUUUGAAGUGGGGGAAGAGGCACUGCAAGAUGUCAGAUCUUCAGAGAAAACAGAGUCGUUCCAUUUGGGAAUGGAGAGCCUGGAGGAUACUGAUGAUGAGGGCAGGCUCAAAGCACCACGUCAAAGUUCACCACCAGGAUCUCAAAGUUCAGGAGAAACUCUGGAGACAAUGCCAAACUCUGCUACAGAAGAGGAUGCCUCUACCUCAGCUGCCUCCACCUCAGUCCUUACAGGGGAGAGCUCCUACAAGUCAAAAGAAAGUUCAGAGAGAAUUUCCAGUGUGCCAAGUACAAGUUCCACAUUGGCUACAGGCUCACAGAAAGCCAACUCUAUUCAGAGCUUAUUCAACUUUUCCGAGGCAGCAAGCUCCAAGAACACACGAGACAACACCUUGAGGAAAAAGAAAGCAGCAAACUUGAACAACAUAAUCCACCGUUUAGAGAAGGCCGCUAGUCGAGAAGAGCCCGUUGAAUGGGAGUUUUGAGAUUAAACUCACCCAACUCUAGAGAGCUGGGGAAGUUAAACUGGACCUCUACUGGUUUUAUUGUGUUGCGCACUUACCGCCCUGCAGGCCACAGGGCAAAAACGCCAUAGGCCAAGGUGCAUAUAGAAAACAAAAGGAGCGUUAAGCCCAAUUUAUGUUUGUGUUUUCAAGGAAGAAAACUGAAAUGUGUAGUCAAGCUUUUUUGUACCCUGAAGUGUUUUUAUUAUUGCCCUAAGUGAUUUCCACAGUUUCUGGAAUAACUCAUACAGCUUUGCCUUGUGCCCUCCUCUUUGGUGUGGGCUUUAAAAAAACAAAAAACCUUAAAAAAAAAAAAAAUCAAACCCACAUAUUAAAAGGGGGCUUUUUAUCUGCCAUCUAAUGGCUACAGAGCGAUAAUACACUAUUAUCUUCUUAAACCAGGAAAAAAGGGGAGAUUUUUCAAAAAAA